AGCGACAAGGACAGCGGACAAGUGGAUGUUCCACAGAAGUCAAGACAGAUAGCUUAUUUCUAGCGCUAUGCCCUCAUAACAUAACAAGACCUACUUUCUAUCUGUCUAAAUAUAUACACAAGCAGCGUCUAUAAGUCAGCGUGGCACUAUUUGUAAUUGCCUGACACGGGGGGCACGGACAGCUCACGCGCUCCAGCGCCGCACGCGUCCGGCGCAUCUUCAUUCUCGAAGUGGAAAGGUGCGCGGCUGUGCACCGCAUCUCUGGAUACCGACGCGCCUCGCAACCGGCCACAGUUACCUGACAGCUAAUAUUUUGGUUUACCCACCUUUAUUUUGGCGUUUAUUUCAACGACUGAUGUGUUAUUGUUUUAUUUUUUCUAAAUAAUAUUAACUUAUUCAACUGAACAUCGAAGACAUGGAAAAAGUCGUCGGACGCCUAGCUUAAGUUUGUGGAUAAACGUUAAAUGGAGAAUACCCUACGCUCAAACUUAAGACCAAACUUCCUUUUGUUUUUAUCUUUUAUCUUCAAUGGACAGCAGAGAAACACCAGACACGCAUCAUGGCUGACACACGCCGUUGCCAAUAAAUAGGGGGAGAAAAAUGUUGUGUCUGGGAAAUGCUCACAGAAAUGGAACAAUGGGGAUCAGGAGUGGAACACGCAGCGGGACAAUUAUCCGGCACCGGCAGUCCAAACGCACGUCCAGGAUAUGCUUCACAUUUACUUUACUCCUGCUUAUGUUUACACCGAGGGUGGAUUCAUCGUGGUGGUACAUCGGAGCACUGGGCGCCAGGGUGAUCUGCGACAACAUUCCAGGCCUGGUCAACAAGCAGCGCCAGCUGUGCCAGCGUCACCCGGACCUGAUGCAGUCCAUUGGCGAUGGGGCCAAGGAGUGGAUCCGGGAGUGCCAGCACCAGUUCAGACAGCACCGCUGGAACUGCAGCACCCUGGAGCGAGACCACACCGUGUUCGGCCGCGUCAUGCUGCGAAGCAGCCGGGAGGCAGCGUUUGUGUACGCAAUCUCUUCGGCCGGCGUGGUGUACGCCAUCACCAAGGCCUGCAGCCAGGGUGAGCUGAAGAUCUGCGGCUGUGAUGGCCAGAAGCGCGGCAGAGCCAGCGACGAGAAGGGAGACUUCGACUGGGGCGGCUGCAGCGAUAACAUCAACUACGGCAUCAAGUUCGCCAAGGACUUUGUGGAUGCCCGGGAGAGGAUGGUGAAGGACGCGCGGGCACUCAUGAACCUGCACAACAACCGCUGUGGUCGCAUGGCGGUGAAGCGCUUCAUGAAGCUGGAGUGUAAGUGUCACGGGGUGAGCGGCUCCUGCGCCGUGAGGACCUGCUGGCUGGCCCUGUCCGACUUCAGGCGCACCGGGGACUACCUGCGCAAGAAGUACAACACGGCCAUCGAGGUGACCAUGAACCAGGACGGGACGGGCUUCACCGUGGCCGACCAGGACUUCAAGGGAAGCACCAAGAACGAGUUGGUGUACGUGGAGAACUCCCCCGACUACUGCCUCACCGAUCGCUCAGCAGGUUCUUUGGGCACAGCUGGUCGCGAGUGUGACAAGUCAUCCAGAGGCCCAGACAGCUGUGAGGUCAUGUGUUGCGGCCGCGGGUAUGACACCAUGCGUGUCCAACGCGUCACCAAAUGCGAGUGCAAGUUUAAGUGGUGCUGCGCCGUGGAGUGCCAGGACUGUGAGGACACGGUGGACGUACACACAUGCAAGCCUCACAAGAGACCCGAUUGGUUGGAUUGAACCCGAGGUUGGCCGAGAUGGACCAAUCCUUCAGUUAAACUAUCCACCUGUGGAUGGUUGCCAAUAUAAAAUCGAUGACUGCGAGUUUCUUCCUAAAUGAUCCACCCUCUUCACUUCAUUCAAUGCCUCUGAUAUUUAAACAUUGAGAAUUACUUUCUGAAGAAAAGACCUUUAAGAACAUAAAUGCUUUGUUUCAUUGAACACAAACCUGAGAAGGACCCGGUCGAUUAAUGCGUGCUCCUUACGUGUUCUUCUGUAACUAUAUUGUCCUUUCUAAAGAUUGAACAUUAUUUACAUUGCUGUAUCCUAACCUCGUCUGAGGUGAGCAUUUUUGGUGAGGUACUUUUUUCAGUGUUAUACUAUUGUGAUGUAGCUUAUUAUGCUUUACUGAGUUAAUUUGAUCACUUUUAAAGUUUGGAGAGAAGAUACACUAUUUGGGACCUACUACUAGCAAAAUGCUUGAUUCAGGAGUAAGCAAACUGUGACUAAACUUACACACCGAGACCACAGACAUAUGGUGUCUGUAGCUAAAAUACAGCCACAUACCUUGUUGAAACAAACAUUUCUAUAUUGUGACCCAAAUAUAACAUGACUUAAUGAACUUUUGUUUAUAAUAACAAUAUGUGCAGUUCCAAUGUCCAGUAUCAGUCCCUGUUGUUGAUGUACAUUCUCCCAAAUGUAUGCUUCUUAAUGUCUUUUAUUUAACGUCAUACAUUGAUCAUACUAAAGCUGCUAUGGGAUGUCCCGGUGUCCUCAUGUCAUGAUAAGAUUAAUACAUCUGCAAUAUUCUGCAAGAGAGUGUUCUUUAUGUAAUGCAGACCACCUGCAGCCAUGGCUAGCCCCUGAAGGUCAAAGUACUUCCUGUGACCAAGCCAAGACCCAGCACAUUUGAGGAAUAGACAACACAAUUGUUUUAACUGAGCCUCAUUCAGGCAGACAGAUACAUGUGGUUAAAUGCAAGUCAAUAUUCUCCAAGGGCUUUCCAUAUGUAACGAAAGGAAAGGUGAAACAAAACGACAUAAAUUAACGUACAAAAUGUGAUAGUGUGUAAUUUAGUAUAAGUCAACAUAUGGGGCAUUGUUUUUGAACUCAAAUAUCCCAGAAUUCAAAAUGUUCUUCCAUUCAGGAACAGAAUUAGGAAGUGAAACAAAAUAAGAAUUCCUGAUCAGGCAAGGUUUACAUAUAGGUUUGCAUUUGUAUAAUCAGACUGCUUGGGCUCAAAUCGUGAGAGCCAAGUUAAGGUCUGUUGUGGUUUGAUAGAGCAGUGUAAAAAAUGGAGGGUCUCAGAGUGGUUAAUACCCAGGGUGUUACUGACACCACCAACAGAGACCUACAUUAGAGGCUCCAAGCUAAGCCAUGUUUAUCUGCCCCAGACAGACAUAAUAUAUAAUACAUGGCCACAUAGACAUAAUAGGGUAUGUUCUUUUUUUUCUUUUUCGGUGAGUGGAAGACAUGCAAGGUUAUGCAAGCCCAUUUUGGUCCAGCGUGAGAUAAUCCUACACUAUUUUUUAAUUCAGCAGCGGAUUUUUAGAAAAAAAAACCUGACUACACCAAGAAAUCCUUCCAAAGUUAAAUGAUGGUGUUAUUUUCUGUAUACCACUACAGUCGCUGUAUUCAUCUCAUUUAUUUCACGCAGGGCAUGUUUUACAUAAAAUGAUUAGCUAACCCCAGCUACUUCAUGUGGAUUAGUUACGCCUAGCUGCUCUCUCCCGGAGGCAUGCGCUUUGUCCGCAGCGAUGUUUGAUCCAGUGGAAGUGUGUAAAAAUAACAGGAGUGGCAUGGUUGGCAUUCUAUUCCAUCAUAGUGAUAUCAAACAGGCAUCUCAAUGUGACAACAUUUCUGAGCUAAAAUAGGUCCGCGGGGAGCAGAACAGACACCGCGGACCAAAGGGAUGUUUAACAUGCAAGUGCAUGAGAAGAGGGAUGGAGAAGAUGCCUGUGGAUACAAGUGUCGUGUUGAAAAAGGUCCAAAACACCCUACACCAUUUCCCACAUUUUUCUCUUCCGUCCAGCUGGUCUGAUGCGGGGCCACCGCCGCACAAACCUUAAUGUGUGAUUAUUAUCUAUUGCACAUAGCAUGAUGAGAAAUUGGAUAUGUGUAUUUUUAGCACAUUUUAAUUAUCUCAGUUUAUUCCAAGUACUGGACAAAAAAUUGAAAAUCUCUGGCAAACAUUGUAGUUUUACUGCUUUAUUUGGCCCUAAAGUCAGUUAUAUCGGCCCUAAACGCCAAGCCUAUCAAGACUUUAAGGAUGAUGUGGAAUUGGUCUUGAGCGUAGCAUGUGCAUGCGUUUCCUGGCCAAAUGAUCUCAUAUAUAUAAUUUCCCGAUUUAUUUUGUUAAUAUGCUGCGAGAGAACCAAGUAUGUAUCUGCGAAGAGAAAAGGAAACGCAUUUACAAACUGCUGCCUGUAAAAUAACACAUCAACAACCUUUGAGAGUGGUUUUGGCUUAAAAGGUUGUUCAUUUGCAAUGUACAAUAUACACACACUAGUGCAUGUUCAAUCAAGAGCAUACAACUCCAUUGUUAAGACAGUAAACAAAUGAAUGCGUCACUAUAAUAGGAGUGAAAUCUGUCGUAGGCUAGUGCUCAGGUCCGGUGAUUGCAGGAAGACCAAGUAGGGAAGGGGGCAAGGCAAUGAUGAGACCGAAAGCAUCACUUGUAGAGGCUAAUUUUCUAAAAAGCCAUAACCAACAGAGAUCCUGGGAGACAAUCGUCACACAUAUCUCCUGUCAUCUCUGGGCUUACGGUAAAAGAACAUCAUUUCAGCGGUGGUGUUUCCAAGCUAUUUGUCAUGCCGCCCACCUAGACUAGCAGCUAUCGUAGAUCUCCAUUAGCCUCACUGCAGGGCACUUUAACAGCAUACUGACUGUUUGAGGGAAACUCUAGCCUUCGCAGUUUCAGAACACUACAAUAUAAGCUUUAGAAUAACCUCUUUAAAGAAAGGGAAAGCGCACACUUUGACAUACUUAACAAACAAAACCCAAACCAAAUCACUUCACACCUCCACAAAAACAACAAUCACUUCCAUUACAUUCAAGGACCAAUUUAUUGUGCGUUUUUCAUCACAUGGUAGCUAUAAUAGAUCAUUGUUCUCCAUCGUUCCCCUGUCCUCAGCAUGCUGUGCUACUUCUUCCACAGAAACACAAGAAUAAACAUUACACAUUCACAUAUUGUUGGCCAGAGAAUGGAGCAAAAAAAAAACCCUCUUGAGGAUUUAGGGCUUCG